GAGCCCCGCAUUACCUGUAUUGCAGGCUAAUCUUCACUUGAGCCAGUCAAAUUGUGAGCCCUACAGCCAGGUUGUGAGGCAUGUCUGGACUUGAGGCUAGCUAAGUCACUAGGGGGUCAUGACUCAAGACGUUAAGUUACGUACCCCAUCUGCGAUUGUUGGAUUUUAGUGCGUCGCAAUGGCUAGGAAGACGGAAAUUGCGGUUGGCACAGGGAGUUCCUAUUCUUUCUGCGUGUCUUAUAUGAUGUUCUCUUUGGCUCAUGCUCUUUUUUCUUUUGUAAACUUUUGGAAUCUGGCCCCGUUUCUCCAUGAUUAUGUUGCCUUAACUAACCUAAUUGUCCUCCUUCCUUUUCUCCUUUUUGUUUUAAUAUUGUCAAGGUACUCCACGUCUUGGACAUUAGAGAAAUAAAUAAAAUUAAAUACCCUACUCAAAAUUACAUAAUCUGUGAAUUUCAUAUACAAUCCUUUAAAAGAGAAAACAAGAAUAAAGAAUAAAACUAGGUGGUGCAAAAAUUAGUGCAUGCCCAAUGAAUAACAGAAAGUACCAAGACAAUUACUCCGGCCAAGGCCCAAUACACUCAAACAGUGGUGAGCCGUUUGAUGAAACUACUUUUCCAUUGACCCAGUCCACAAUCAACGGUUCAACUGUCACAUAGGGAUUUAUAUUAGCUGAGAAGAGAGUUAAAUCAAGAAGUGAAGAAACAUAAAUGCGACCCCACUCCCACCAUCCUCACUUUACCUCCUUAUUACCCAUUUCGGAUCCCUCUCCAUUUGCUCACAAAAAAUAACUCUGUCUUCAAGUUUUUCAAAAGCUCCUUUCUUUAAUGAAAGAGAGAGCUAAAUCUGUUACUGUUAUAUUUUGAUAUUAUCUGCUUGCUUUGUUUUUUAUGGCUUUACACACUUUCUUACCGGAGCCGGCGGCAGGGCCCAUGAAACAACAACCGUUGACCAAGAGCAGGAGAAAGCAGAAAAAGCAAAAGGCGCAACCGUCUUCUUGGGACCAAAUCAAGAACUUGCUCACUUGCAAACAGAUGGAAGUGUCGAAAGUACAGGACCCUUCAAAGAAUAGCAACCCUCACUCAAAGCUUGGUUCCUCUUGCAACUCUAUCUGCAGCUUCAGGGACGUUGUUCAUGGCAACACAAGGGUUGUUCACAGGGCUGAUAAGUCACCUGAGAGUAGCACAUUGGGUCAAGAAACUUGGUUACUGAGACACAAAGCCUCAAAUGGCUCGUCAACUCGGUCGUCGUCAGGGUCAACAAGAUCCAACACUAGCACAACGUACACGACGUCAUCUUCAUCAAGAGCUAUGCAAUUCAGGAAACUUUCUGGGUGUUAUGAGUGUCAUAUGAUCGUUGACCCCAGCAGGUAUCCAUCCUCAAGAACAACUAUCUGUGCCUGCUCACAGUGCGGCGAGAUCUUCCCAAAGAUUGAAAGCUUGGAGCUUCAUCAAGCUGUUCGCCAUGCAGUUUCGGAGUUGGGCCCAGAAGAUUCGGGCCGAAACAUUGUGGAAAUUAUCUUCAAAUCAAGCUGGUUAAAGAAGGACAAUCCUAUCUGUAAGAUCGAACGGAUAUUGAAAGUCCACAACACCCAACGCACCAUCCAACGCUUCGAGGAUUGCCGCGACGCAGUGAAGACACGUGCUCUUAAUAGCACCAGAAAGAACCCUAGGUGCGCAGCUGACGGCAACGAGCUCCUCCGUUUCCACUGCACAACCUUAUCGUGCAACCUCGGCGCGCGUGGCUCGUCCAGCUUGUGCGGCUCGAUCCCGGAUUGCGGCGUCUGCUCCGUAGUCAGACACGGGUUCCAAACCAAAGGUGGAGCCGGGACCGCACAAUUCAAAGGGGUCCGCACUACGGCUAGUAGCGGUAGGGCCCAUGACUCAAUUAAAUGUACGGACGGGCGUAGAGCCAUGCUGGUUUGUCGCGUGAUCGCGGGAAGGGUGAAGCGAGUGACGGAUAAUGCGCCGUUGGAGGAGGAUAAUAGCAGCGUAUCGGCUGGCUCGUACGAUUCUCUAGCCACGUACGACGGGGUCUACUCCAAUCUGGAGGAGUUGCUUGUCUUUAAUCCAAGUGCUAUCCUUCCUUGUUUCGUAGUCAUCUACAAAGCGGUUGAAUCUUGACUCCUUUGAAGUUAAAAAUUUGAUAGUUACAUAAAAAUUUAAUUUUCUUGGUAAGCUUUGGCUCAAUUCGGACGGUUAAUCUCUUCGUAUCCCACAUCGAUUGUGUGUAAAUUUUUAAUAGAAUUGUACUAAAACCUAUGUUACUUUGAUCAAAACAAACUUUAGCUCAGUUUUAAAGACACUGAAAUCAUUGAUUGCUCGUUUAUGACGCAGACAGACACGGUCUGUAAUAAAUAGACAAAA